GCAGCGGCGAACACUUCAGAGCGAGGCAGAGCGGUGCAGCUCAGCGUCCCCCCACCCCCGGAGCCCCGCGCCCCCCGACGGGCCCGUCUGCACGCACACCCCAGAAGCGCUGGCCCGGGCCCGCGAGGGCACCGCCACCCCACAGCAGAUUUGGAUCCCCCGACCGGUGAACCCCAGGCUGCUGCCUCCCGGGGGGUCCCGGUGCAGCGGCCGACCCCGGAGAACCCAGGCACCCCGCCACCCGGCCCCGCAAACGCCAGCGGCACCAUGGCGGCCACCAAGCCCGGCGAGCUGGUGGGCGUUUGUUCUAGCUACCAAGCGGUGAUGCCGCACUUCGUGUGCCUGGCGGACGAGUUUCCGCAGCCCGUGCGGCCGGCCAAGCUGUGCAAGGGCAGGGGCCGGCUGCGGCGGCCGCGCCAGUCCAGGUUCAAGACGCAGCCGGUGACCUUCGACGAGAUCCAGGAGGUGGAGGAGGAAGGAGUGUCCCCCAUGGAGGAGGAAAAGGCCAAGAAAUCGUUCCUGCAGAGCCUGGAGUGCCUGCGCCGCAGCACGCAGAGCCUGUCCCUGCAGAGGGAGCAGCUCAGCAGCUGUAAAAUGAGGAACAGCCUGGACUCCAGCGACUCCGACUCGGCCCUGUGAGGGCUGCCGCGCGCGCUCCGGCAGGCACCCUGCGCCCAGCGGACCCCAGAGUGCAGGACACCGCCGCCCCUCGUGCGCUUGGACUCCCACCCGGCUCCCCCUUGGGUCGGUCGCGCUCGCUCGGGCCGCGGGCGGGCUCGGGGGGGUCGCGGGGCAGGGGGGCUGCUUUCUUUGCCCAUGUAAAUGUUUAUUUUUUAACUCCUCUCAGUACGGACUACCGCGAGUGUGUGCGCCGCCCUGUGCCUCGUCCAACUGCUCACACGCCGUCCCCUGGGCCCCUGGCACACGCCCGCACACACUCACGCGACUCACUCUCGCCCGAACACUUCGGGAACUGUCAGGCGCGGCCAGCAGCGGCUGUGGCUGGAGGGUGGAUAUUUAUUUUUGCAUUGCGAUGGCCGAAGGCAUUUAUUUAAUGGUCUUUAUACUUGGAUCUGUCUGUGAGGCUCCCAAAUGGAGACAAAUAAAAUCCAUAUAUUUGCACAGUG